CAGGCUUCCGUCGAGGACAAAUUCAUCCCGGUAAACGAGACUCGAGUCUGUGCAGCAUACCUCUGCAUUAAAGUGAUUGUCCACGCAGGAAUUGAUGACGAUAACGUUUUCCAACAAGGUAUCUCGUCUCGAUGUGGGUACACGGGGGGCGAUCGUGCAGCUUGUUCGCGGAUCGACGGUUGCACUAAUAUCUCAGUCUUCGAUGGCAUGAAUGGGAAUUUCUCAUUUUGUUGCUGCCAUACUCCUCAUUGCAACAAAGCGACGGAUGGCGAGCUGGAAUCAAUUUAUGCCGAAACGCGAAGGAAGAAAGCCGUAACAACGUCCUCGUCAUCGCUAAUCUCUUCUCUGCCAUUAUUACUCAUACCUUUAUUCCAAACGCUCUCCUAA